AUGUCCUUAAAAAAAAGCAAAAAUGUCCGUAUAGUAAAACUUAAAACCGAUAGUCAUACCAAAGAAGAUUCCAGUGAUAUUAUAUUGGAUCAUGAGAAUAUUGAGAGGAGUGUAAACGAUAUUAAAAUAUCAAUUAAUAAAGCUGAUGAUAAUUUCUUCUAUGAUUAUGAAGAUUAUCAUAAUGAUAAUGUCGAUUUUUCUAAUAAUGAUAUUGGAUUAUUAAGCAGUACACCCCAUGUUGAUAAAAUCAAAGGAGUUACAAUAUCAAGUAAUUCAAAAUGGGUAUUAACAAUUGACACAAUAGCAAUUGGAUUAUGGAAAGUGGACAAUCCACCACGCACCGCACCAAUUAUCACUUUGUGGCAAACAUUUCCAAUCACAUUUCCAGAGUUACAUAAUAAUGAGUCAGUAACUUUAUCAUUAACAGAUUCAUGCAAAGCUGCUGUUUCAUGUAUAACAAUACCAAAUGAAAAUCAUGAACAAAGAGAUUUACUGAUAACAAAUAAAAAAACCGGCACAACUCAUACUACUUUAAUAGUUAAUUUUAAUUCUGAAGGAAACUCGGAAAUGGACGGUUACAGUCCCCAUACAUUUGACGAAAAAACGAGAGGCUUUGUUAGAUUUUUAAGUGAUCAGGAUCAAUUAGCAAUAUUUGAUUCUGUCAAAUUAUAUGUGUUUAAUGCAAUUGAUUGGUCUAAAAUUUAUGAAUAUGAAAUCCCUUUCAAUAAACUAACCAAAGAUUUAUCUAUAACAUAUCAAACUUAUAUUUUGGAACAAUCAAUAGACUCGGAUCAUUUAAUAUGGACAGAAGAUUUUGAAAUGGUUAAAGUAUUUAACAUUAUUUCUAACAGUAUUAUAAAAGAGUUUAAAAUCAAACGUAUAGAAGGUGUUUGGUACAUAUAUGCACUUUCACCAAAAAAUGAUUAUUUAGUAACUGUCGGUACAAACGAUAUGGCAACAGUUUAUUCGCUUGAGGAUGGUUCGAUAAUUUUUGAAAGACUUUUACAUGAUGAUAUUGGUGACGAUGAUCACUCGAUAUCAUUGGUUUCUUUCAUUGAGAGGAAAAAUCAAAAAAACUUUUCUUUGAAAUUAUUAAUUUGUGGACGUAACGAGUUUAGUGGUCAUUUUUGGGUAUUAGUAUAUGAUAUUCUAAGGCGUAAGAAAUUGAUAAAUAAUGUACAGGGUCUUUUACCACCUUGGCCAAUAAGUUUUCAUAAUACAACAGCUUUAUUCUUACGUUGCGAUGAAAGUCAUAUACCACGCGUUCAUGAUAUAGAUGAUAUAUUAAAAAGCGCACCAAAAAGAAGAGCAACCUUACCAAUUAAUAAAGAUUCCUUUAAUAGAAUGCAAACAUAUUAUCCAAUAGAACCUGAAUUGAUGGAUAACAAAAUAAUCUAUCAUCACGAAACAAAAAUUCAGCAUCUUAGUCUAAGUCUUAAUGGCAAAUAUGUUGGAACUUAUAGUGAAGAAGAUGGAGUUAUUUGUAUUUGGGAGAUUAAAUCAGACCCUUCAUUGAAUUUGAUCGAUUCUUGGAAAACUAGCGAUAGACCGAAGCACGCAUAUUUUACUCGUAACCAAAGUCAUACUAAACGUAUAUCAAUAGCAGUAUCAGAUGUUGGUGAUUUGGCUUUAAGCUGUUUCGUAAUUUCACAAACGACCGAUUAUUUUAAAAUGCACCCUUUUACUUUGGAUGGAGUAGCUUCUUAUUCAUCCCAAUGUUUACUGCUUAAAGCAGGUCAUCGCCGUCCAUAUUAUCAUCCUUUAUUUCGUAAUACAUGUGGUGCCGUGUACUUUACUGAAAACAAUCAUUUCAUUAUAUAUAAUGUUUCCCGACUUUAUUACUUUGAACUUGAAGGUCUAUUUUGUGUAUUAAAACAUAGCCUUGAUUUAACAAGCAUUGUAAAUUCUAUAAGAAAUAUUUAUGAGACAACAUCAGUUCAAAAAAAUAUAUUACAUGGCGAAUUAUUGAUAGCCGAAGAAGAUUCAAAUGUAUUAACAGCAUGGGAUAUUAAAUCUGGUCAUGUUCAUAUGAGAUUUUUAUGUCAAGAAGGUCAAUUACAGCCAAUUACAGAUGACAUGUAUACAACAUACUCGAUUUCUGAAAAUAAAAAAAUAUUAGCACUUAUUAGUAGAUCGGGAAUAUUGAAAGCAUUUUUAAUUGAAAGUGGUUUGCAACUACCAAUGCCAGGAAAUAUUUGUAGUUAUUCAAGGAUUUAUGGUUUUCUUGAUAAUUAUAGAAUAGUUGUCGAGGAGGCAGAAAAAGGUCAAGCAUGGAUUAUAGACAUUUAUAAUGGUCAAUUUUUACACAGAGUUCCAGAGUCAUUUGGCAGAGCAUAUUCAUUUAGAGCUGUAGAUGGAGGCAUAUUAGUUAUGUGUAAAGGUAACAAACCAAUUUUGUAUAAUUUCGGUGAAAAAAGUAAAGAUUUUCCAAUGUCCAAUAUACCAAGAAAGGCUCCAAGUGAGAUUGUUUAUGCAGAAAAUAAUGUGAAGUGGUGGUCAACACGUGGUGUAUUUGAGAUGCAAAGGGGUUCAAAUUCUAUUAGCAUAUCAAUUGAGCCUUGGAAUUUAAAGGAUGGUCUUGGUGCUUAUUUGUUAAAUGAUUCGAAAAAGAUUUUGAUUUUUGGCGCUCACACAAUUCAAAUUUAUACAACAGAAGACCCCAAAUUAAUAUUUAUAUGGUCUUGUUGUGCUAAUGAUCAAAUAAUUGAUGUUAACAUAUGUGAAAAUAAUGAAACGAAUUGUUAUUUGUUGGUUACCACACAGAUGGAUAAUAAAUUCAAAGUGAUUCUACCAAGCGAUCAUCAAGAUUUUUGCUAUGAAUCUAUAAUUUAUUAUUGUAAAUUUUUGGGAACUUAUUCAUCACAUUCGCGUGUAAAACCUUCAAAUGUCAGUGAUUCAGCUUUUAAACCUUGGUCUAAUUGGAUCAGAUUAACAUCUGCAAUUAUAAAGCAAGAUCUCAGAAAUCUAUUAAAAGAUCUAAUUUUGGACACAUUACACACUGGUAAAUAUGUUCCUCAUUUUUAUGACAUAGAAAAGAAGAAGAAAUCAUCAUUAUCAAUUGCUAUAGAAUUUCAUAAAACAACAAUAGUGUCAGCUUUGAUAAAUUAUUAUGUUGAAAAAGCAAUUAAAAAUCAUGACCCAGGAUGGUUGAGAACAAUUGUUCCUUGUCUGUCAAGCUUAUGUGAAUCAUACCCUGAUUUGGUACAAAAAAUUAUCAGCAAAGUCAUGUUUAUCAAAGUUAAAACGGCAUUAGGAAAAAUACAUGAUGGAAACUAUCGAACUGGUGGGGUUGAGCGCAGCAAUAACGAAUAUUUAUAUGCAUUUACUUUUAAUGGUUCCUUACAAAAACACCAUUAUGGAUUAUUCAAAUACUGGUUGAAAUAUACUAGAAUACUUGGAAAACCUUUAUAUGUAUUGGAUGAAUUCCUUGGAAAAUUGACACAUACUAAAUCACAUCCCGUUAAAUUAUGUGUACUUCCAUUACCUGGGCUUCUUGAGUAUGAUUACGAAGAAAAAAUAGAAUCAGGAUGUGCCGGAAGAUUUAAUAUAUGGAAUAGAUCCCAUUCAGUAUUUUCAGAUUUAGCAUUCAAAAAUGAUAAAACCAUUUUUAAUGGAAAAAUGAUGCAAGUUGUAUCAAAUCAGAAAUGGAAUGCAUUCGGACGCAGAUAUUUUUUGUGGAACCUUUUUGUUCAUAUUUUGUAUUACACUAUAUAUGUUGUAACUUUAACAGAUAGAAAAAAAUGGGAGUUUUCUAUUGUAAUAAUACUGGCAUUGUUUUUUUUAUAUCGUGAAGCAGAGCAAUUAAUUUAUGCAAGAUUAAAAUAUUUCAGAUCUUUUUAUAAUUGGAUUGAUAUAGGAGUUUAUUUUUUACCAUUAAUCAUAUCGAUUUUGUAUUAUAUAGACAAAGAACCAGAUUUAAGAGCGUUGGAAGCUUCCUCUGGAUUAUUGAUCUGGAUUCAUUUGGUUUGUACUACUUUGGGUGUUUUUAUAAAUAUUAUAAUUGAAGUCGUUAGAAAAAUUACAUGGUUCUUGGUUGUAUUGGCUAUAGUAAUUGUGGCAUUUACACAUGCAUUUAAAUUGUAUCUUGAGGAUCUCCCUAUGCCUUCUGGUUCAUCAUACAAUGGAAAUAUUACAACAUCAACAUCUUCCGGUGAUAUAACAUUGCAACAAGCACCAAAUGAUAAUAUGUGGAAUGGCUAUGAUUCAUCACUUGCGGCUGUAAUUUAUUUCUUAGCAGGAGAUUUUUCUGCAAUUGAUCCAUGGUCGGGUGAUGUAUAUGUUAAUAUUUUAAAAGUUUUAUUCUUUCUAUCAACAACAAUAGUUCUACUGAAUCUUCUUAUUGCUUUGAUGGGUGAUAUAUUUACAAGAGCAAAGGAGAAUGGUAAAAGAGCAUGGCUAGAAUUAAGAGCUGAAUAUUUGGCAGAAAUUGAAUGUUUUAAUAUGAGCACAUAUAAUAAAUCCAUGCAUUCAAGAGGAUUGAUAUAUUAUGAGGCGGAUCCUGAUGAAAUUGAAGAUUGGCAACUUCAAACGAAUUUUAAAAGCAAAAAUAUAUUUAAUAUAAAAAAAUCUAUUACCACCACUAAGAAAAGCAAAAGUAAAAUUAAUAUUAAUGUUAACAAAAAAGAUAAUGAUCAGGGUGUAAAUCUUAAACUUUUAAAUGGACUAUUUAAAAAACAUAUUGGUGGAUUAAAGGAUGAUAUUAAAAUCAUCCAAGGUGAAUUAAAAAAUAUAAAAGAUACAAGACAUAGGAUACUUUAG